AAAAAAUAGAGAAGUGGAAAAUGGUCAAAUCGGAAGAAUGAUUCGCCGGAACUUAAGAGAUCACUCUAAUCUUCUGGAUUUCCCAAAUGAAUUGUAAAAUUUGCUAGUUUACUUAUACAGGUAUUUGUUAAUCUAAAGAUAUUAUUGUUUAUAGGUUUGGCCAGCACUAUAGGGUAAAUAAAUCCGUAUUUAGAUGAGGUAAAGUUGGCAUUGCCAAAAGGCAGAAAAGCAUUUGCUAUCCCCAUGCAUAUAAAACUUGCGGCGUUCUUGAGGUUUUUUGCUGAAGGAGGGUACCAAAAAGGAAUUGCUCGAGAUAGAGAAAUUUCAUUGGCACAGUCUUCUUUCAGCAAGGUGUUAGCAGAGGUAUUGGACGCACUUCAACGUAAAUUGUGUCCAAAAUGGAUAAAAUGGCCUACACGUGAGGAGAGAAGAGAUAUUUCUCAACAUUUUUAUAUGAAGUAUAGGAUACCCGGGGGACACAUGUUGGCAUUAUUGCUCCAGAACAAAAUAAGCAUUUAUAUUGUAACCGAAAGGGAUUUUACAGUUUAAACGUCAUGAUCGUAUGCGACGAUGAAGAAAGAAUACGGUGCGUAGAUGCCAAGCAUCCCGGAUCAUGUCAAGACUCGAGAAUUUGGACAACAAGCCAAUGUAGAGAGGUGUUGCAAAGAGAAAUUUCUGGCAGUCAUUCGAAUAUGUGGCUUUUAGGGGAUGCUGGAUAUGCAUUAGAGCCUUGGCUGAUGACAUCCUUCAGGAGCCCUCAACUGGGCUCUACUCAGCACAAUUUUAACGAUGUGCACGCGAAAUCCGAAAUAUAGUGGAGAGGACCAUCGGUGUACUUAAAAAUCAUUGGAGGUAUUUGUUAGCAGCUAGACAACUUCACUAUUGCCCAAAGAAAUCAGUUAAAGUAACGAAUGUUUGUUCAGCCCUACAUAAUAUUUGCUUCGCAUACAAAAGCAUUUACGAGGCAACUUCCGUCGAUGAACAUACAACCAAUGAGCAGCAAGGUGAAGAAGAACCUGCAGAAAAUUUUGUACUUUAGGAUGCUGCCCAACGCAUCCGCUCAAAUAUUUGUAACAAUUUAUAAAUUUAAUUACGUACCAUAUCUCAGACCUCCUGCCUCAAUUAUUGCCGAAGUCAAAUUUAGUUAUGACCGGUCAAGCGGAUUUUUAAUGGUUUUUUUCUGACUGCAUUACGCAUUAAAAGUUUAUUCGGCAAAUUUUUUGUAUGAAAAAAUGCGAAAUACACUCA